AUGAGGAUCGACAUUGAUGGCUUGGAAGUUCUGUUUCCAUAUGAGUUCAUUUACCCUGAGCAGCUUAUGUACAUGCAAGAGAUUAAAAAGUCUCUUGAUGCUCAGGGUCAUGGCUUAUUAGAAAUGCCUUCAGGUACAGGUAAAACUGUAUCCUUGCUAUCUUUAGUAUUUGCCUAUAUGACGAAGUAUCCGGAUAAACUUGAUAAACUGGUAUAUUGUUCUCGUACUAUUCCUGAAAUCGAAAAAUGUGUUGAAGAGCUUAGAAACUUAUUCGUUUACUAUGAAUCUCAAAAUAAAGUUAAACCACAGGUAACGGCAGUAGCUAUGUCUGCCAGAAAAAAUCUUUGUGUCAAUGAUAAUGUUAUGAAGAACAGACAAGGUGCUUCCGUUGAUGGUGCUUGUCAAGCUUUAACCGCUUCUUUCAUCAGAAGCAAGCGAGCACAUGAUAAUAGUCUUCCGUCUUGUGAUUUCUACGAAAAUCUCGAGUCUCGAAACAACUUUGUUAUACCUCCUGGAGUUUGGAAUAUUGCCGAUCUGCGUAGAUUCGGAAAAGAAAAUACUCUCUGCCCAUACUUUCUUGCUAGAUGUGCCCUCAAUCGAGCACAAAUUGUUGUUUAUUCCUACCAUUACAUUCUUGAUCCUAAGAUUGCCGAACUAGUAUCUAGAGAUUUCAGUAGAAAGACUUGUGUAGUAUUUGACGAAGCUCACAACAUCGAUAACGUCUGUAUUGAAAGUAUGUCUAUCGGACUAAACUCAAAGCAUAUUGAGAGAGCGAAUACAGAGCUUUUGAAGCUCGAACAAGCUGUAUUACGUACUCGACAAGAGAACGCACAGAAGUUACAGGAUGAGUAUGAGCGUUUAGUUGAAGGAUUGAAGAGGACUGAAAAGGAGCGUGUGAAUGACGAGAGGUUGAUGAAUCCUGUCCUUCCUGAUGCGAUUCUGAAUGAGGCGAUUCCCGGCUCGAUUAGAACUGCACAACAUUUCGUUGUAUUCAUGAAGAGAGUUGUGGAGUAUGUUAGGCAUCGCAUGAAAACGAGUCAAGUGCUCAUAGAAAGCCCUGCAGCUUUUUUGAAAGAUAUACAGGAUAGAAUGUACAUAGAUAGGAAGCCGUUAAGGUUUUGUGCCGAGCGGUUGUCCAAUUUAUCCAGAACCCUCGAAUUUGCUGAUGCCUCUGAGUUGUGGGCACUCACUCAAGUUUCUAUCCUUGCCACCUUAGUGAGCACAUACUCAAAGGGAUUUUCCGUUAUUGUUGAACCGGGAGAAGGAUCUCAACCUGCUGUUUUAACCUUAUCCUGUAUGGAUGCUUCUAUUGCCAUCAGACCUGUUAUGGAUCGCUUCCAAACGGUUGUUAUUACAUCAGGAACAUUAUCCCCUUUAGAAAUGUAUCCUAAAAUUCUUGAUUUUGAUCCUGCUGUUAUGGCAUCGUUCACUAUGACCCUAGCUAGACCUUGCUUGAGUCCCCUUGUAGUUGCUCGUGGAAAUGACCAAGUAGCAAUGACGUCACGUUUCGAACAGAGAAGUGAUGUUGCCGUCAUCAGAAACUAUGGUAAUCUUGUGCUCGAAAUGGCUGCAAUUGUUCCCGAUGGGAUGGUAGUUUUCUUCACCAGUUACUCCUAUAUGGAAUCCGUCAUUGGCACGUGGUACGACCAGCAUAUCAUUGAUGAACUUAUGAAGUAUAAGCUCUUGUUCAUCGAGACCAACGAUGCGCGUGAAACAUCUGUAGCUUUGGAAAAAUAUGUUGAAGCUUGUGACAGUGGGCGUGGUGCAUGCUUGUUCUCUGUCGCCAGAGGAAAAGUAUCAGAAGGAAUUGAUUUCAGUCAUCACCUAGGAAGAUGUGUUAUUAUGCUGGGAAUCCCUUAUGUGUAUACUGAAAGUCGAGUUUUACGUGCUCGUCUUGAGUACUUACGCGAUCAGUUUGGAAUCAAAGAGAACGACUUCCUUACUUUCGAUGCCAUGAGACACACUGCUCAGUGUAUGGGUCGAGCUUUGAGAGGAAAAACCGAUUAUGGUUUAAUGAUUUUCGCUGACAAGAGAUAUUCAAGACAAGACAAAAGAGGUAAACUGCCAAGAUGGAUGCAAGAUCAUCUGGAAACGUCAUGCACAAAUAUGAGUAUUGAUGAAGCUUGUCAAGUAGCCAAGAAAUGGCUCACACUGAUGGCUCAACCUUUCACUAAAACGGAUCAGUUGGGUGUUUCUAUGCUAACGACUGAUAUGCUGAAUCCAACCUUCAUGAAAAAGUUUGAUGCAGUAGUGGAACAUAUGGAUUAG